ACCUGCUGCCAUAAUUUCCAGGCUAAUUGCCCUGCGCUUGAAAUGGAAAUUUACAAAUCAAUAAAUUCAGUGGCCGGCGCUGGUGGAGGUUCGUCCUUCCCCAUGGUUGCCAUAAUUAUACACGGCCUGUCCUGUCGCCACGGACUGACUUUCGUUAUUGUUUGCACUGAAAGACGUUGCCGAGGCCCUCAUAAAGCCAUCAAAUGCAAAAGGACACUGGAAGAAAUCCAAGUGGAUAUAUGUCGUAGUGGUCGUAGCAUAUUAUUUAUAUGUAUUACUUAUAUGUAUUACACGAACCAAGUUAAACACAAUGGUUUAGCCUACCAACUAAACCCAUAUAUGUAUAUUGGUUUUCUUAUUGGUAACCUAAAAAAGGAAGCUUAUAAAACAAAACAUACACUCAAUCACAUAGCUGGACAAUUUUAGAACAGAAUGUAUUCUGAAUAUGCCCAACAAUCCAGAUAGGAUCUUAAGCUACUUAUAACAGAUGUUAUACGAAACGAUUUCGUAGUUAUUUUCCGUGUAACUGGGGGCCGGUAGUCCGCACGGAAACCGAAAAUCCAAUAACGGUUUUGGGUGCCAAGCCUUGCGUGCUCCACGAAGUCAUCGGUUUUCCAGUUUAGUUCGCCAUCGCCACCCGUGCCAUCAAGUAGCCCGUCAAACGAUGGCCAACUUCAGUCCGCACCAGCUGUCGAAUCCCCGGGCCAACGUCUUCAUCCUGGUCAAUCUUGGGUGCGAGAUGCUCUACGUGAUCGAUCAGCGGCUGAAAGCGCAGCAGAUCGCUCAAGACAAGUCGGUUCAGGUUAUCCACGAUGUGACUACAGUACUGCUCGAACCGAAGUUUAUAGACUCGCUUCUGAACGGAUCGAAGCACAAUAGUGCGCAGCUUUUGACCGCCGAGCACUGCAAGUUUAUGCUGAACGACAUAGCCACCUGCUCCUUGAUGCGACUCGACGAGCAGUCGAUGUCCAAGCUGUGGAAUCUGAUGACCAUGGUAUACAAGUGGCAGCUGUUCGUAUCCCGCCAUCAACACCACCUGCUCGAGAUUACCUUUCGGCACUUGGAGGCGGUCAACAGGUUGUAUCCGGAUGCCAAGCGGCACAUGCUUAUUGACUUCACGAAGAACACGCUGCUGGACUUUUGGAAUGCCAGCGGGGAGGAUGCGCAGCUGUCUAUCUACCAGACGAAUCGGGCCUGGCUGCAGUGCUUCAACACAAAGAUAUCGCUCCUGAUUCGCAUGGGUUUUCAGGCCAUGGACGGGAGUUUCAUCAGGGACGUGGAUCAGGAUUACUACGCGGAAUACGUUGAGUCGGCCGGGGAUAAUAUCUAUGCGAAGAGUGCCGAGCAGCGGGAACGCCAACAACGGGAGCCCAACAGCAUGGAUCAACUGGCAGCGCAGCUGAACAUAAAUCCGCCACAAAGCGAGGAUCUGCAGCCCAUCAACGCCCGCCAGUUCCAGCAGCAAUUCGAGCAGGCCUUCGGCAAUGUGCUCUUCACAGACACAGCAGGCAGCUCCUCUGCUUGCGAGUUUGUCCAGUUGCAGCCCACGACGGCAUCCUCGGAAAAGGUGGCGCCGACAGUGUCCCGGGGAGGAUCCUUGCUGAACCAGAACCUGCUCGACUUGUACAGCAAAAUGCCUUGAAGCCAAAGUCACUUCGGUUUGAAAAUAUUGUAUUUCUUGUUCAGUUGGUUUUUGUAAAAUAAUUAUAAAAACACCGUAGGUUGCAUAGUUCUCUUUUGUUUGUUUGUUUGUUUUUCUUUUGUUUUCAUCGAAGACAUUGUUGUGAUCAAAAAAUAAAUCAACGUUAGAAUUUUGAGCUUGCGA